CCGAAACAUUUUUAAGUCUAAACUAUUGAGGGCGCUCUUCCAAAAUACCGGACCGCGAAAAUCACCGAUGUAAAUGAGAAAAUGGCGAGCAAUCCCACAGUGUUUUUGUUGAUGUUAAGUGGGCAAAUCGAAAGCGGCGAUUUUCCAGAAUUUGAUGACCUUUACGUCAAGUACAAUUUUGUCUUUGGACCAGAUUGGGUCAUAACAUCGGGUCUUGAGGAAGGCAUAUCCCAAGUGUGCAAGAAGAGUCAGGAUGGCAGACAACUCUUUGUGUGGAACUUCCCAUUGGAGGUCACGUUCAAGAGCACCAAUCCGCACGGAUGGCCCCAGCUUGUUGUCAGCGUGUAUGGCUUGGACUUCAGCGGCACGGCUGUAGUCAGGGGGUAUGGUGCAGUGCAUGUCCCAAUCGCACCUGGAAGACACCAAAGAAUCCUGCCGAUGUUUGUGCCCGAGUCGUCUUCAAGAUUCCAGAAAUUCACCAGUUGGCUUUUGAGCAGACGCCCGGAGUUUGUGGAUGUGAAUGUGGUGGCGAGGAGUGAGGGCAGAGAAGUCACAAGGGUACGAUCUCAGGGCCACAUCAAGGUCACCUUCAACGCCAUCACCCGAGACAUGAAAAAGCUCGGCUAUGAUGUAACUCCGUCCACCAUCAAGAUUCCCGGGGCAGACACGGCAGCCGCGCUGGCAGCGACAUCGGCUCCAGCUGCAGCUGGAGCUGCCGCUGCGGCCAAGCAAACCACCGAGGCCAACGAGACAGUCACAUGAGCUAGCACGUCUGUUUGUGGUGUAAAUCAAGGAUUUUCUUUUGUUCCUCUUCCCUUUUCCUUUUGUUUAUACUUUAACUCCAACAGCUCUUAUCGGUUUUGUACACGUUUUCCAACCGAGGAGUCCUCGAUUUGGUUACUGACCUUGAUUCAUCGGUGAUGUUGCACGUGUGUGUCCUCGAUUUACACCAUAAACAAAUGCAAAUUGUCCAAUCAGGGGCAACUUUGUGCAUCAACUUUGACUUUUUGGUUAAUAAAUCUUGGCUUGUCCUUCAUCUCCUGCAUCAUUUUGAAGACUUCCACCAGUGUACUGGAAGCAGAUAUCACUUGAAAUGGCCCCCUCUGGAGACACGGAAUUGACGUGCUUCCCAAAGUCUUGACACAUAGUUUUAAUCUCUCUCUAAAUAAGGCACACUAUUCGGUACUCAAACAGCUGAUGUCUAAGUAAAAUUGAAAACACUCUAAAUUUGACCUCAUUUUACAGGUUUUUGAAUGUCUGAAACGGAAGCUGUAUCUAUAAAAAAAAAAAGCUGAUAUGUGGUCAAAUUUUGCGAAAUUGUGAGCAAAAUAUGCAACCAGAGAGAAAUUUUUGUGACAAUGUGACUCCUUGUUACCCCUCAAAGGUGAUGCUAGCAGUUUCAUUUUUUGGAGGGAAUUUUUGCGACCUCCAUUAUAUCGCCACUGAUUGUUGUAAAAGCCAACAAGUAAAUGUCAUUUUAAAUCAAAAGCGUCAAGUGUUUUCUUGGUUCUAGAUUCCAAGGUAUUUAUAUGACAAAGUUUGGGAUAGAAUGUAUUAGGCCUACAUCACCUUGAACUCUUGCUGUUGGAUUGAGUCUGUGGUAAAGCUGUUGCAUGCCGUUUACUUAUUAAACAUGUGUUCAAGGGGUGUGUAAAUGCUUUUGUUUCCUACGUGUAGGCGGUAACAUUUUACACAAACAUCAGAUACUAUUAAUAGGAUGUAAAACAAAAAUGUAGACAAAGACUAACUUACGAUCCAUCUAGGGCUUGUGAGUUUAUUGAAAUCUGUUGUGAAUUGUUCAUUGUUUCUGUCACACAGCAUACACUAGUUUUAGGGGAUUGUCCUUCGUGAGUGUUGUUUUGAAAAGACAUGUUUUGAAAAGUCUUUUGGUAGACAUAAUUGCACUGUAUUCUUUAUCAGCACAAGGAAACAAAUUUAUCUUAAAACUUGUUCUGCCUUUCGAAAGAUGUUGUAUAUUUGUACCCACAGUGUGCAGUUUAUUUAUGUGAUUGAUCCAUUUCAAAUUCCAUUCAAUUUAAUUUUUAGAAAUAUGCGUAGCUGCAAAUACGUGUAUACGUGUAAAUACAUGUGAAUAUUAAAUUUGGAAAAAUUAAAACUGGUCUAAAAUUAUGUGUGACAUCAAC